AUGAAAAAGGAUAAAACAACAGACAAGAAGGUUUUUGCGGUAGAAGUCAAGGAGAAAGAAUUUCUUCAGAGGAAGAAAACAGUGCUUGGGAAGGCGGAUCUAUCCCGGAGUAUUGAUGAAGCGAUGAUUCCACUGGUGGAAUACUUAAAUUCAAAAGAUGAGACGUUUACGACGAGUUGUUGUUCGGGAAGAGUCAGUAUAGUCAGUCAGGCAGGCUUCACGGAUACAGUAAAAGAAGGAUGUCCGUGGAUUUUCAUGAGCCACGAAAUCAUUGUUGACGUGGAUAAUGUCAUCAAUAUCGUUAGCAAGGGAAUCGAUGAAAACGAGGAGAAUCAAGUCAUUAUCAUCAAAUUUGAAGGAGCCAUUGCCCACUUUAUCGUUAGAACGCUCUCAUUAGGGAAGAAGCUGCUUGACGCAGUGAGAUUUGUGGGCUUUCGGGAUUCGGGCUUGGCUAUCGGCGCCAACGGAAAAUUCACAGUGCAAAUCAGAGGCUCCAAUUCGCUCGAAGUCCCAAUUUCCCGCGGUAAAGAUAAAUUAGUAACGGAUGAGUAUUUGCGCUUUCUACUCAACGCGUGUAAUGAGAAGAUGGAAAAGAAUUUCAAAAUGAUCGAGAGACUGCAUAAAGCUAUUGAAGCCGUUCUAGAGGCUGAAGGCUGA